AUGAUCAUGCAAUCGAACGUUUACUCAAUAUUGGCCGACCUUGUACAUCAUAUCCGUGAACAUCUGUCAUACGAUUAUCUUUGUUGUUCGGCUUAUACAUUCACAAAAACCAUGUUCGAUCCAGCAGUAACACCCACCGUGCAGGCAAUGUGUAUCAAGGUAUCGAUGAACUUAAUUGAUUCGUUUAUCACCGCUGAACGAAAUCACGCGCAACAUCCGUGCCGAGAUAUAUUGUUUAAUCUUUUGGCAAAUUUUGUACGAAAACUAAAAUGGUUAGCACGUUAUCACAUACCACUAAUUAUCAGACAGAAUGAGCACAGUGUUGUGAAUUCAUCAUUGAUGGUUGGUGGUGAUCGAACCAGGUAUAUUUUUUCGUAUCAUUUUAUUCCUUAA